AUGAAGAUGCACUUGCACAGGGCUCUGGUGGUCCUGGCCCUGCUGAACUUUGCCACGGUCAGCCUCUCUCUGUCCACUUGCACCACCUUGGACUUUGGCCACAUCAAGAAGAAGAGGGUGGAAGCCAUUAGGGGACAGAUCUUGAGCAAGCUCAGGCUCACCAGUCCCCCCGAGCCAUCGGUGAUGACCCACGUCCCCUACCAGGUCCUGGCCCUUUACAACAGCACCCGGGAGCUGCUGGAGGAGAUGCAGGGGGAGAGGGAGGACAGCUGCACUCAGGAAAACACCGAGUCGGAGUACUAUGCCAAAGAAAUCCAUAAAUUCGACAUGAUCCAGGGGCUGGCGGAGCACAAUGAGCUGGCCGUCUGCCCCAAAGGGAUCACCUCCAAGGUCUUCCGCUUCAACGUGUCCUCAGUGGAGAAAAAUGGAACCAACCUGUUCCGAGCAGAAUUCCGGGUCUUGCGGGUGCCCAACCCCAGCUCUAAGCGCAGUGAGCAGAGGAUCGAGCUCUUCCAGAUACUCCGGCCCGAUGAGCACAUCGCCAAACAGCGCUAUAUCGGUGGCAAAAAUCUGCCCACACGGGGCACCGCCGAAUGGCUGUCUUUCGACGUCACUGACACCGUGCGGGAAUGGCUCUUGCGAAGAGAGUCCAACUUAGGUCUGGAAAUCAGCAUUCACUGUCCGUGUCACACCUUUCAGCCCAAUGGAGACAUCUUGGAAAACAUUCAUGAGGUGAUGGAAAUCAAAUUCAAAGGUGUGGACAGCGAGGAUGAUCAUGGCCGUGGGGAUCUCGGGCGCCUCAAGAAGCAGAAGGACCACCACAACCCUCACCUCAUCCUCAUGAUGAUCCCCCCGCACCGGCUGGACAACCCGGGCCAGGGCGGGCAGAGGAAGAAGCGGGCCCUGGACACCAACUACUGCUUCCGCAAUUUGGAGGAGAACUGCUGUGUGCGCCCUCUCUACAUUGACUUCCGACAAGAUCUGGGCUGGAAAUGGGUCCACGAACCUAAGGGCUACUAUGCCAACUUCUGCUCAGGCCCCUGCCCCUACCUCCGCAGUGCGGACACAACCCACAGCACGGUGCUGGGACUGUACAACACCCUGAAUCCCGAAGCCUCUGCCUCACCUUGCUGUGUGCCCCAGGACUUGGAGCCCCUGACCAUCCUGUACUAUGUCGGGAGGACCCCCAAGGUGGAACAGCUCUCUAACAUGGUGGUCAAGUCCUGUAAGUGUAGCUGAGAGCCCGCCUGCGACAGAGAGAGAGGAAAGAGAACCGCCACUGCCUGACUGCCUGCUCCUCGGGACACACAAAAGCAACACUCCUCACCUAGAGGCCUGGAGCCCGCAACCUUCAGCUCCAGGCAAAUGGCUGAGAUGGAUGUUCCCUUUUGGGACAUUUCUCCUUCUUGCUGGCUCUGAGAAUCACUGUGGUAAAGAAAGUGUGGGUUUGGUUAGGGGAAGGCCCAACUCUUCAGAAUACACAGAUUUUCUGUGACCUAGACAGACGUGGUGGGGACGGAGGAAGAGGGAUGGCGAGUCGGCACCUGACACAUGGUGUGGCAAUGGAUCUGGGAAACCCUAGGGAGGAGGAAGGGCAGAGAACGGCCGGGACAGGGCCAGGCUGGAAGACGCUUCUGAGGUCAGAUUGGCUCAUCGCUGCCCCACAUCCGCUCUAGGGAACCUGGAUCACUUUAGACAAGGCAAGCAUUUUCCUUCAGGCAGGUUACCUAGACAGUGUCCCAGAUCUGUAGCUCAUACUCCCUGGGAUUAAGGAUGAAUCUGCUUUUUGCAAAUGGUCCUCUCAACAUCAGUCAGCACCGAGGGUCAUUACAGGGAGAAAAUCCAGGUAAUGUCGUUCCCGGGCCAUCAACUGGAUUGGGCCGUAUGGACACGCCGAACUCAGAAGCGGAGGGUGGGAUGAACGCUCUCCUGCCCGCCCUCUGGGCCCCUCCUCUCGCCUUCUUCCUCGACCGUAUUUCCCCUUGGACAUCUGGCUAGACACCGUCCAGGUCAGGGUGCACGUAUCUGGAUUAUGGUCUGUGCAGUCUUGGGGCAUUAUGGGUUCCCCUCUAUCCCCCAAGACCCUGUGUUCAUCUGGUGUUCCUGGAAGCAGGUGCUAGAACGGGUGAGGCAUGCGGGGAAGCAGCAAAUGCGCCACACGACUUGGCCCCAGACACAUAGACUGAGGUAUAAAGACAAAUACAAAUAUUACUCUCAAAAUCUUUGUAUAAAUAAAUAUUUUUGGGGAAUCUUG